UAGGGGUUGCGAUAGCUGGCGCAACGAUGUGUCGCAACCAUGUGAAGGAAGCUUGAAAUAAUCUGUUGCGCCUAAACGCACAGCACAGAGUAAAAUUGAUGGCAUUAAAAUAUUAUUAUGAUUAUGUAUCGCUUGACAUAAAAAAAUCAAAAAACUUACGUUUAAAGUUGUAGAUAAUAAAAUUAGCUCUAGAUAAUUUUCUGUAGAUACGAAUACGCAGGAAAAGAAUAAGGAAAAUACCUUUGAAUAUUUGUUAAGUUGCUUAUAAUUUUAUGCCACAAUUUUAAAAGGGGUUUUCGUUUCGCAACACUUGCAAAUUGUUUUAAAUCAACCAAUUAAUGUGCUUUAUCUAUCUGAUAUAUUGAUACAAAUUGAUUUAAGCUAGUUAUUAAGAGUAGUAAAUCACUAAUUGCAUUUGCAUUUUUGUAAAACUUUCAACCUCAACGUACCUGUUUCAUAAUAUAAAAAUCUACAAUGUUUGAUCACUUUGCUCAUGGCACACCAGUUGCCGCUGAACCUCCGCCUCCUCAAAAAGUUUUAAGAUUUGAUAAGGGUUAUUGGAAGACAAUGCCCGGCAUCUUGAAAAUAGUAGAACUGGUAUCCAAUAUCGUUGGUUUUAUUUGCAUAAAGAUAUCCUGGGCAUGGCUUUCAGCUAUCUUUUACAAUAUAUUAUAUUGGGUGGGAAAUAUCAUAACGGCAUUCCUAUUUCUUAUGUAUACAUUUCACUUUGUGGAGAAGUAUGACCGCUGGCCUUGGCACAAGUUGGAGUUUUUCUUUUGUUCAGCGAUGUCAUUGUCGUACAUUGGUACAUCUAUAUUUGCAAUGACACUUGGAGAAAGUGUGGGGUAUGCUGUUGGGUUCUUUGGCUUAUGGGCAAUUAUAGCAUAUGGCUUAGAUGCAUAUUUAAAAUACAAGGGAUGGAAAAGGGGAUUGCCACCACAAUGACAAAAUCUCAACACUAAAAUGUUUGGUAAACUUUUAUAGUUUAUAAGAUUACAUCAUUAGCCUGCAGUGAAAACUGAUUGUAGGGAUUAAAUUGCAGUUAAUAAUUUAUUUUAUAGAAGAAACUUCCAAAGUAAUUGUUAGUGAAACAGUUGUCAAGAGACAAUUCUUACAAUAUGGAUUAUUUGUAAAUGCUAACCAAGUGAAAUUGGGUAUUAAAAGCUCAAAUUAAUUAAUGCUUUUGGAAUUUUCACUGUAGGACAAUGACUGAAAACAUUGUACCUAUAAAUGUUAAGUGUUUUGAUUUUUUUUAUUAAUUAUUGUAUAGACCAAGGUUGUGUAUAUAAUGCACAAUUUUUUUAAGAUUUUAGAAACAAGACUACAAUAUAUUGGCAAUGGCACAUUAGAUGGCAACUAUUGAUCAAAAUGUGUCCAUUUUUAAAAAUACAUCUACAUUGUAUAUUUUUAUAUAAAUAUUCAGAAGAUUUAAGCUUCAAAUAUAUAUAUUUUUUUAUCAAUACUUGAAAUAAACUCAUAAGUUUUGAUUGAAUAAAUGAUUUUAUAAUAAAUUGCCAACGCACAUAUUGUAUUUUGUUACUGUAAAGGAACAAAAUAUUUUUCUAAAUACCAUAUAAAAUGUUAGUCAAUUCCUUCUGACACAUAUUUAUCUUUAAACUAACCCACCUUUACAUCUUGUUUUGAAAUAUUUCUUUAAAAUAAUAUACUGAAGUUUGUUGCCUAUCAUUUAUGUAUUCUAGUGCUAUAGUAUAUAGCAAUUUGUGCCUUAACAAUUAUCUUGUCAAUUAGUAAUAAGAAUAAAUUGUUAUAUAUAAUUAUUCAGGUUUUACUUACAUUCAAUAUCAAGGAUGGUCAUUUAUCUAGAUGAUUAUGUUGCAGACAUGUUGAACAAGCCGAAUGGCCCAAUGGUAAGAACGCGUGAAUCUUAACCGAUGAUUGUGGGUUCAAACCCGGGCAAGCACCAAAUGAAUUUUCAUGGGCUUUAUUUGUGAUUAUAAUUCAUCUCGUGCUUUACGGUGAAGGAAAACAUCGUGAGGAAACUUGCAUGUGUCUAAUUUCACUGAAAUUCUGCCACAUGUGUAUUCCACCAACCCGCAUUGGAGCAGCGUGGUGGAAUAAGCUCCAAACGUUCUCCUCAAAUAGGGAGAGGAGGCCUUUUUUUUUUUUUAUAGAAUAGGAAGGUGGACGAGCAUAUGGGCCACCUGAUGGUAAGUGGUCACCAAACGCCCUUAGACAUAGGCAUUGUAAGAAAUGUCAACCAUCGCUUAUAGCCAAUGCGCCACCAACCUUGGGAACUAAGAUUUUAUGUCCCUUGUGCCUGUAAUUACACUGGCUCACUCACCUUCCAAACCGGAACACAACAAUAUCAAGUAUUGCUGUUUUGCGGUAGAAUAUCUGAUGAGUGGGUGGUACCUACCCAGACGAGCUUGCGCAAAGCCCUACCACCAGUACUACCACUACUACCACUUUAGCCCAGCAGUGGGACAUUCACAGGCUGUUACGGAUGUUGAAUAAUUCGAUAAAAUAAGCGAAAUCAGAAUAAUUACAAAUAAUACAAACACUGUUUCAUUUAGUACUAAGAAUAGACCAUUUUAAGAUUACUAUUAAACGUCUGUCUUUUACAAAUUAGUAUUUUUGAUGGAACUUUAUUCAAGUAUUGGAUUAUGUAAUACUUUUUUGUAUGAAUAAAUUAUAUAUAAUAUCUUAUAAUGUAUAUGUAGAUGACCAAUACAUAGUAUAUAUUGGUCUCUGGUCGGUAACUUACUAUGGUGACUGUAUUUUCUAUAGACUUGAAGGAAUAAUUUAUACUUAAUAUUAUAUGCAUCUAUUUAUUUUAAAAUAAGGUAUAUUCCAUAAUUAGAUUUAAUAUUUUAAAUGUUUAGGUUAAAUAUUGUCAUUUCUAAUUUUUUUAUUGUAAAAUAAUUGUACCAAAACAAUAACGGUAAAGAAAUAAUCUUAUAAUAAUUUAAAAGUGUUUGAUAUAUCCAUGACGUGCAUUAGUUACACUGCACAGAGGGGAGGGGGUUAUUAUUCAUGUUGGGUGUAGUGACACCUCAAACACUUUCUAUCGAGAAAAAUGUAUCCCGUGUAUAGUUCACGCCGAUUUGCUUACUAUGAUUAUAAAAUCAUGUUAUCUGUUAUAGCAUAGUAUAUAUGUUGCUUUAAUGACAUAUUGACUUAUUGCAGCGACUAAUUGUGGACCAUAUGGUAUGUAUGACAUAUAUAAGUUUUCAUAUUUUAAACUAAAUAUGGUAAACUUAAGUGUUUCUUAAUUAAUAUAAAUAAUUGUUAACAUUUAAUAAAACAUCAACAAAAU